AUGGGCUGCAUAAAGAGCAAAGAGGACAAAGGCACCGCGAUGAAGUAUCGGCAAGAGAAUUCCGCUGGAUCGGACCCUAACACCACCGCCGCCACACCUCACAUCGGUCACUACGGGCCGGACCCCACCCAGCUGCAGCAGAAUCAACCUCCCUCGUCCACAUCGAGCUCCGGGGCUGCGAACUUCAAUCACACCCUCACGCCGUUCGGGGGAUCCUCGUCUGCUAUGACUCCCUUUGGAGGGGCGUCGUCCUCCUUCACCGGGCCGGUGUCCAACUCCUUCUCUGGUGCUGUCUCCAGUGAGUACAGUUGAAUCAGAGGAUAAUAUUACAACGUUGUUAACUGUCUUCACUUCAUAUUCUGAAUACACCUUGCAGCCAUUUUGCCCUUUCCAUGACUCUUAUUAUUAAUUCAUCCUGAAAAGUUGUUUUAUCUAUUAUGAAUAUUUUUCCCUAAAAGUAUUUUCAUGAUGCGCUUCUCCAUUCUGUCCUCCCUUUGAAUAACCCACCAUGGUUUUAGACCCACUACCUAGAUGGCUAUUGGUACCAAAAUUAGCAGCUCUUUCCUUGGCGUCAUUUGGAUGCACCACUUUUACUCUGUCUCUAUUUUUGUAAUACAAUAAAUCAAAAAAAAGGAAAAAAACACUGAUCCUAUUAUCUGUUACUAUGCUUACCCAACAUGUUGCUGUCACAUCCAACUAUAUUUUCUUUAUUCGACUCAACACAGACCUUACUAUCAGCUGUUAUCAUCCCCCGAGUGUCCAAGCAGCCAACAGCUUUCCCCAGAGAGCUAAAAUACGGGAUUGUUUGGGUGGGAUUUAUGUUGUAAUCCUCCUCCAUGUUGGAUUAUCUGCUCCCAGGAGGAGGAGAAGGUGGCACCUAGCAUGGUGUUUGUUUUCUGCUGGAGAUAAUGGGAUUACUGUUGUCGGUGGUUGGUAUAUGAAUCUCAUCUGCCUGCAGUGUGGUCGCUCAGUAGGUAGACUGUUUUCAGUGAUUGUUGGAGGGAUGAGCUCAGUGAUGAUGAACUUUGUUUUAUAUUGUAUAUGUAAGGACAUUUUUCUGAUGAUGCAGUAGACUCCAAAACAGCAGGGGGCAGUAAUGCACUUAAAUCCUGGUUUAAAAAGGGGAAUUUGCAGGAUUACUUUAAACAGAACCCAAUGAUAUCAUAAUAACGAUGAAAACCAUGUACUGCAUCACUAUGUCGGAUUAACUGGAAAAUACAGAAUGAACAAGUGCAGAUCAUUAGUUGUAGGUAGUUACAGUAUAUAGUUGGCUAUAUUGUUGUGAUAUUUUCAAAUUAAAGUUUAGAUAUUUUUUGCAAGUGAUCAUUUUAUCGCACCAAUCAGAUUAACCAAAUCAAAAGUGCAUAUUAUGAACUUUUAUCAAGUUUUAUUUUAGUGGUCCUGUUAGGAACUUUUGGCUCAUGUUGAUUUCUGGCAAAAUAAUCUCUUCCUGCUGACCCCUGACGGUCAAAUGAAUCAUUUAUUAUGAAUAUCUUAUCUGGAAAUCAUAAAAACAAAUGUUUCAAAGACAUUUUUUACAAGUUUAUGAGGUAUUUCAUUGUCACACGUGGGUCCGUUUUCUGUGUCCAGGUGGUGUUACAUUCUUCGUGGCCUUGUACGACUAUGAAGCUCGAACAUCUGAUGAUCUUUCGUUCAAAAAAGGAGACCGCUUCCAGAUCAUCAACAAUACGUAAGAAUCCUCUUUUUUAGUCUAAAAACCAGUUAUCGAAGACCUGUUUUCUUUCAUGUUUUAAUUCUAAGUGCAUUUGCUGCUUGUGUUAUCUGGAUUCAUAAAGGAUUUUGAUUUCAUUUUCGUCCACAUGCUGGAUGUCAGAUUUCUUUUAUUUUUCAUGUGCGGUAUAAAUGUCGCCUGAGGUUACAGCAUUGUUAUGUUAAGUAGGUUGGUUUCAUUCAAAUGUCAUUAUGACAGUGUUUCUUAGUUAUGCCUCACAAUUGAAAAACGGCUCAAAUGUUUUUUCCAAAUACAGAAGAAAAUGACAUAAAAAGAGGAAAAUGCCUCAUGUGGCAGGAGAAAAGAUGAAGGCAGUUAUUCACUAUUGUUAACCUGUCUUCACUAGAAUAUCAAUCAUAGCAGGUUGUAUUAAUUCCAGUCCUUUAAUGCCUGUGAUAUGUAGCCAAUGAGUUAUUUGUUUGAUCAUUCUUGUGUCUCGCUCCCCUGCAGAGAAGGAGACUGGUGGGAGGCUCGCUCCAUCAACACGGGGAGGAAAGGCUACAUCCCGAGCAAUUACGUGGCCCCUGCUGACUCCAUCCAGGCCGAAGAGUAAGCUUUUGUCGCUGCUUGUUGUUCCUGUCUCACUCCAUCCAUUGAUUCUAACCCGAUCGUGCAACUAGCAUGAAAAGAAAAUUUAUGUUGUUUUUUGUGUUUCUUUCUUCUUGGUAGAUGGUACUUUGGAAAAAUGGGACGCAAAGACGCUGAGAGGCUGUUGCUGAAUCCAGGGAACCAUCGAGGAACUUUCCUGGUGCGAGAAAGUGAAACUACGAAAGGUGAUGAUCACUUCAGAGAGUACCAUCAAGUCAAAAAGGGGUCUUAAAAUUCCAAUGUUUGGAGGAUUAAAUAAAGUUUCUUUCCUUGUUUACUCUAGGUGCUUACUCUCUCUCCAUACGAGACUGGGAUGACACCAAAGGAGACAAUGUGAAACACUACAAGAUCCGCAAGCUGGACAGCGGAGGGUACUACAUCACCACCAGAGCGCAGUUUGAGACGUUACAGAAGCUGGUCAAACACUACACAGGUAUGUGCGACUCUCUCUCUCUCUUUCUGAGCUCAGUUAUCAUCCAUUAUGUCCUUCAUCACACCAGAAAAAUAAGUCUUCGUCACACCUUCUACUCUGUUGCUGCAUUCACGUGCUCCUCGGACGGCUCCAGUUUCCGAGUUGAGGCGUCGUUCUUCUGACCUUGGUGUGUUCAUUUGCUUUCAGUUCUGUUUCAUCGUUACCAGAAAAAGUUAGAUAAUGAGUUAAAUAAACUCUAAAAUAUUGCUUUAGCUCAUCUACUUGUUAUCAAGAGUUACCAUACUUGUGUUAUUAAAGAGCUUUUCUAAAACCAAACAGUUACAUCAUAUUUCAAACUAUAUUAGAGCAAAAAGUUGAUGUGCAGUCUGUGAGUUCAUUAAAAGUCUCUCAACAUUAACAAAAUAUCAUCUGCCCGCCAUGUUGAUGAUGAACAUGACGUCAAGUUGGUAAGUUGGGCACCGAUGUCUCACCUGAGUUUCUGAGUUGUUGUUCUGACUCCAGCAGGCGUUCACGGGCAACUCAGAAACUCAUUUCUCCAACGUGUCCGAAUUCACCUGAAUGCAGCAUGUGCCACUGUGCAGUUUCAUGUGCCACCUGCAGCUCACUGUACCGAUGAAACUCCUGUAAUGUUGAUCAUUUUCCUCUGACCUCUCAAUACGGAUGGGACGCUUGAAUUCUGUUAUCCUGCUGUGGCCGGGUUCAUAGACAGAAUUUAGUUAUUUAACAGCUAGCUAACAGGCGCUAUCUUAUACAACUUUUGUUUUUGUUGUUAAUAAUGGAAGUUAGGUAAUUUAAAGGGAUAUUCCGGUGUAAAUUUAAUUCAGGGUCAAACACACUGUAAUACCGAGUUAGACACCCCCUCGAGAGAUUAAUGUUGCCGACUGCUUGCUUCUCUAGUUAUACCAACUUUAGGAACGACCGCACGAUAGCAAUACACAGCGGUCUACAUCUCCACGCGCACACCUUAACCAAAACGCCACUCUAUAGCCACAAAUAAUGCUCAGAACAGCACCUAACUUCAUCAACAGUACAUAUAGGGUAAUUAGGUGCUGUUCUGAGCAUUAUUUGUGGCUAUAGAGUGGCGUUUUGGUUGAGGUUUGUUUAUGGCUCCUCAGACUGCUGUGUAUUGCUAUUGUGCGGUCGUUACUAAAGUUGAUUUAACUGAAGAAGCAAGCUGUCGGCAACAUUCAUCUCUUUAGGGGAUGUCUAACUCAGUGUUGCGUGUUUGACCCUAAAUUAAUUUUAUGCUGUAUAAUGACACAUGUCUACAGGUUUUCACUCUCUUUUCUGGUUCUGAUUUAUCAAAUAGUGACAAAAUGAUAUAAAUUUGAUUCAUUUCUUUCAUUUGAAACCUGGAACACAGCAGUGCAACGUUACAAUAACAGCAUUUAAACUCCCCAACCUUAGUGUGACAGCAGAGGGAAAUGGCUGCUGAGUAAAUGUGAUGAGUAGUUCUCAGAGUGUUACCAAGGGAGAUGAAAUGCAUUUAGUUUUUAUGAACAAUUGAUGCAGCAGUCAUGAUCCAUGUCUUUUGCCUGAGGAGGACUCGAGGACUAAAUCUCUGUCAUUCCACUUGCUUUCAGUCUGACUCUGCAGAGGCUUUCAGCGCGUUUAAAAAGCCACUUCAUCUCAUUUAUAUUUCAUCACAGUUGGUAUAAGAGUUUGAUUUCAUCCACAUCAAAUGGAAUGAAUUGAUGCAUGAAGCAGACUGGCUCUCAAACGCUGUAUCCUGCUGGUUCAAAGAAACGUGGCUGCGUGAGUCUGGCACCGCUGGGUGUAAUGUAGCGUUUUGAUCUGCGUGUCUUGCUUUAUCACAGAGCACGCCGACGGGCUCUGCCACCGGCUGACCACGGUCUGUCCCACAGUCAAGCCUCAGACCCAAGGGCUGGCCAAAGACGCUUGGGAGAUUCCUCGAGAGUCAUUGCGGCUGGAGCUGAAGCUGGGUCAGGGCUGCUUCGGAGAGGUCUGGAUGGGUAAGGCGAAGACUUUUUUUUUUUCCCUGGUACCGAGCAUCUGUUUAUUAUUUGAUUGUAAUUAUCCUGAUUUGAACAUAAGCAAAAGAUCUGCGCAGAUUUAUAGAGGCAAUAUGAUGUUGUUUGCAUAAACCGAACACACACACAAACACUCUGAAGUCUGUGUUUAUUGUGUCUGUUUUUGUCCAAACUGGGGAAUUAUCCACUUCCUGCAGUCGCUUCCUCUGUUUGUUGUAAAUCUCCAGAGAUGGUCAAAAAUGAUUUGUUGCCUUCUUAACUGCGAACUCAUAUCCGCUCAUCCUUUCUGCCAGGAGUGCAUGCAUGACGGCACAUGUCUGAGCAAUUACAAGCCUUAAUUAAUGAUAUUGUUCUGCUCACACCCCAUUAACAACACUGAUUACCUUUGGGGGGGCCUGUGGGUUUUUUUCUACCCUCGUUUUUAUCUAUGCAGGCACAUGGAACGGCACAACAAAGGUGGCUAUUAAGACGCUGAAACCAGGCACUAUGUCGCCUGAGGCCUUCCUCCAAGAGGCUCAGAUUAUGAAGAAGCUGAGACACGACAAGCUGGUGCCUCUGUACGCCGUCGUGUCCGAGGAGCCGAUUUAUAUCGUCACAGAGUACAUGGCCAAAGGUACGCACACUCAAACCUGAAUCCUAUCCUCUAAACUGGCAUAUUUAAUUAGGAAAUACACUAAAUUUCUAAGAACUUCCAGCCUUGCAGGAUAAUAAGACUCAGCUGUUUCCUGUCACUCUCAUGAGGUCUCUUUAAAAAAAAAAGACGCACAACAACAACAACAGGCUUUCAGACUCAGAAGUGGGCGCUGCUUUAGUGUCUCGAGCACUGCAGUCACAUCAAAUCCAUGCAUGAUGAUUCCCUCAAAGGGAAAAAUGUAAAUUUUAUGGAUGUUUUAAUUAACAUACAGAUGUACAGAUUGAAGGUUGUUGAAAAUCCCCUGUGGUCGCCUGAGGUCUGAAACUGGGAUGUUUAAUUGGAAACGGCUUUAGUCUUUCAGAAAGCUUCAACUGCAGUGCGUUUUUUUCAGACCUCAACUCUAUAACACAUGCUACUUUGUGUUUAUGAAUGUCUAAAUGCCUGGUAUUUGUUAAAACUUCUAAAACCAUUUCUGCUCCCAAGGCUGGAAAUUAUAAUGUCACUGUAGAUGCAACACCAAGCCUGAUAUAUUAUACAGUUAAAUUCCCUUUCAGGUAUAGAGUGGACUGAGGGCUUCGUUAAAAUAUUUAACAAUUCAUGUACGGGGGCAUUAGUAUGCAGGUGGUAUCAUUUAUUGCUCAUACAGUAUAUAUCAUGCCUGCUCUGCAUUUAUGGCUUUUCACUGAUUUUAUAGGCAGCCUGCUCGACUUCCUCAAAGAGGGCGACGGCAAAUUUCUGAAGCUCCCACUGUUGGUGGACAUGGCUGCUCAGGUGAGACAAACAACAACAACAAACAUCUGCAUUUUCAGACUGGUCCUGUUUCCCCCCAACGAGUGACUUACAGUGAGGAAGAGCUCCUGAAAGUUGAGGAAUACCUGUGAGGUCUUAGGGUGUAACACCCAAAAUUUACAGCAGGAUACGAUAGGAUACGAUAAGAUAAGAUAAGACAAAAAUUGAAAGAUAAAGAAACUUUGAGUUAAAAAGAAAGGUAUGUACAUGUGUCAUAUUUACAUCUGUACAGAAUUUACAUAAUAAUAUGAUUAUAUAGAUGAUUGAAUAGAUGUUUACAUUCUGGUUUCAAAUCCAAUUUUUCAUUCAUACACUCUGCACACGUUUUUUUAAUAUAAUUAAUUCUAUAAGGAUAAUAAAGAGGUGAGGGGGUUAAACAUAAAUUUGCAUAAGCAGGUCACGACUGAGCUCACUGACAAGACGGCACAUUGUAGCUGUAUGCCAGGAGGGCUGAACGCCAGCCUCAGCUCCACCUCUUUGCCCACAGCUAGGUCAACCAAAAAUUAGGCUGAGUCAGCGUUUUUUAAUGUGGUUAGGCUUCGUAAUGCUGUAGGUGAGCUCAUCGAGACUGCAUCACUGUUUUAUAUACACUGUACUGACACACUGAACCCCAGAAUGGCGCACAAUUGGAGUCCCGAAGUUUGAUUACAAAUUGCGUAUUGUCGUUGUAGAAGCGUAAGAGGGAUACCGUCUCUCCCGUUACACUUCUGUUACUACCUUUAACUAAUAAAUAAUCUAAACUUUGAAUAAUCUGAGCACAUACAAGGAGUGCCAGUCUGUUUUUGUUUUUCUCAAUGAACUUACUCGCCAAGAAAUGCAGCAAACCAAGAAUAGCUUACCCUAAAGUGAAUUUGAAUCUGUUUUCAUACUUAAGUUUGAUCUGUCGAUUUCAAAGAGAGAUAUUCGGGAGAGAAGGAUGAAUUAAUCGUUACAAACUUGACAAGUUAGUGAAGAAAUACGAUAAAAAUAAGCAUUUUGGUUUUUUAUUUGUUGUUCGAGAGCAGAAUCUGUGUCAGUGAGUCAUGAAGUUCAGACUUCUAUUUUAAGCCUCCGAUUUUAAAUAAAGAGCGACAGCCUCUGGUAAACAUAACUUCCACUCCCAGAUUUGGCACACUUUGCUCUUCUUUCAUUAUUUGACUGCUUUUGAAGCCUUGGACGUCUGAGAUGCUAAAAAUUAUUUGCGGAAGCCGCCGUCAUGAGACGCUGUCACAUUUUUGGUUUUCUCUCUUCAGAUCGCAGACGGCAUGGCUUUCAUUGAGAGGAUGAACUACAUCCACAGGGACCUGCGCGCCGCAAAUAUCCUCGUUGGCGACAACCUGGUGUGCAAGAUCGCUGACUUUGGUCUGGCCAGGUUGAUAGAGGACAAUGAAUAUACGGCGAGGCAAGGUGGGCACACUCAUACACACACACACACACACACACGCACACACACACAGAGUCUGAGUCACAGGUGAAUGUGGUGUCAGGGCAGAAAUAGAUGGAGCUGUGACCUCGCAGCAAGGAUGACUCCCAGUUGUCCCCUAUCGUGGUGAAUUAGGAUAAUAGUGGAAACCAGAUGCUCUUGCUCACUCUAAUUGGUUGCUCAGUCCACACGCUGUGAGAGUUCAUCACACUGUCAGCUCUUUAAAGGGCUAAUUCACCCAAAAAUUACUAAGAGUUCUUAUUCACUCCACUUACACGGAUAAUUUUAGCCUCAUUCACUCCAGUUUUUGAAGUUCUGUCAAAUCUGAAGACCUCCUCUGUCAUGAAAGCUGUUGUCUUAAUUUACACAAAACUCCUGAAAAUUUUCCCCAAAAAUUUUGCAGAAAUUUUGCAGAAAUUUUCCUGCCUGAAUAUGUGAAAGGGGCUAUUAUUUGUGAACUAAACACACUAACAAUGAAGAUAUUGUUGCAUCCCUGGUUUGGUUGUCAAAGUUUUUGACAAUGUCGAUUAUUUUUUUGUGACUACAUGCUUUAAAUGAUACAACAUUCAAUAUUUUUACAUUUGGUAGAAGCAAAAAAGAAAAAAAGGGGCUGUAAGAGGAUCCACAUUUAUAUUGUCAUAUUAUCAAAUGAUUUCUAAGUUUCUUUCUUAGGAAACAUCAUUUUUUGCCCUUAAAACAGUGAGUAUAUUGUUGGUGUUCUGCUCUAGGGUAUCGAAUACUGGAUUACUUUCACUGGAAUUAUAUGGAAAUGAAAAUUUUAGUAUUGUGACAACCCUAGUCCCCGCCGUAGGAAAACCCUGGAAUGACCCUCGCUCUUCCUACUCUCAAAAACAGGUCAAAUAAGACAGAAUUAUCAGCAAUAUUUAAAGUGAGAUUCAGCCUUGGAGUCCAUUACAGGUUCACUGUUUUCUCCCAGUGUAUCAACCUUCGUCUUUUUACGGCGUAGCUUUGAUUAUUCUCACAGAUUUUGAUGGUAUAUACAUAUAUAUAUUUAUAUUCCCCGCACAAAGGCUUUUCAAAAUGAUGUGGCCUGAUUAUGAUGUCAUUGUGUGUCACUGGAAUAAAGCUGCUACGCCCUCUAGUGGCGUCACCUCACCUGAACCCUCCUGCUCUCUGUACCCAACAGGAGCCAAAUUCCCCAUCAAAUGGACGGCUCCUGAGGCCGCCCUCUACGGACGUUUCACCAUUAAAUCAGACGUCUGGUCCUUUGGGAUCUUACUCACUGAGCUCGUCACCAAAGGCAGAGUGCCCUACCCAGGUAAGCGACCGUGACAGCGCACAUACACACACACACACACAAAGUCAGACGGGUCUUUGGGUGGUAAUUCACAGCAGGAAUUAUCAGCUUUCAGUCUGUCAGGAGGCGUCAAGCUGGCGCGCUCAUUAAUGACAGAGGAUGAAGAGAAGCUGUCUGAUAUUGUCUGCGCUGGUUGUUUAUGCCUCUGCAGGGGGAACAGUGACAGUGACAUCCACACACUGACACCCUCUCACACACACGCACACACUCACACUUGAGAUUAGACGAGACCAUCUGGUGGAGGGCGAUCAGGAGAUUGAACACCACUCUUGUUUAUAACCAUCUGCCAGACUGACGCUGCCCCGGGGAGCAGGGCCUGCAGUGCUCUGCAACACCUUCGAACAACACCACAUUAUUAAAGACAUGGAGCUUAAAGGCCUAAUAAACUCGGUUUUACAAGUUUGAUUUACUUCUAAAGAAAUAAUUUGACUCUUUUAAGAUUAUGAUUUUUCUUUCUCCACAUAAUGGUGACUGGUAAAUGCAAAAAAUCAACCAACCCCAUAUUUGCUUUUGAGGAAAUGUAAAGAAAGCCUUUUUCCUCUGCCAGCUGUUAAUCAUCUGGGCAGACUCCUACCCCUUCACAGCAGUCCGGGCAUUAAAGGAUAUUCCAGCGUAAAAUUAAUUUAGGGUCAAACACACUGUAAUACCGAGUUAGACACUCCCUCGAGAGAUAAAAGUUGCCGACCACUUGCUUCUCUAGUUAUACCAACUUUAGCAAUGACCACACGAUAGCAAUAGAAAGCGGUCUGAGGAGACAUAAACAAACCUCAACCAAAACGCCACUCUAUAGCCACAAAUAAUGCUCAGAACAGCACAUAACUUCAUCAACAGUACGUAUAGGGUCCCAUCCAUAGCACUAUCCACCAAAUAUCUUUUUAACUUUGCCUGAUUUCUCUCUAGUCCAUUACAGACUACAGCUCAAGGGGCGGCACAGCUCAAGGAAGAACAUUUAUGAUCAUUUCAUUAUCAUUUCCUUGAAGUAAUAAUCAUCAUAUUAAUCAUUUUACACUGCAGACACGGUAGUUCUUCUGCCUUAGCAUCUUGGUCUGAUUGCAUUUCCAUGAAGAAAUGAUCAUAAAUGUUCUUCCUUGAGCUGCGUAACCCCGCUGUAUUCUGUAAUAGACUGGCCUGAGGUAUCGCUUCAAACAAGCAGCUGCUGGAUGGCAGAGAAAUAGUCAAUGUUGUUGUGGAUGGUCUUGUUUGCUUUUGUAGGUCAUUGAGAUGCAUCAGUAUUAAUUAAAAACCAUUUUAUGUCCAGUUAAAAACUCCUCACUGUAGCUUUAAUAUAAAACUGCAGCAAGCAGCUUUGUGUGGCAAACACUGGAAACAGUUGGACACAGCUGGUACAAAAUCAUCCCAAUAGCAACAACUCAGGACUACUUUUCCUACUGGAUAGGAGAUGGAAAUAAGUUGUAAAUGAGCUGUAGUAAUACUUUCAAAACAGUCCAGGUCAGCCAAGUUAAGUCCAUCUGCUAAGCUAAGCUAAACAUUUUUUUGCUUAAGGUUUAAAUGGAUGGACCUUUAAUGUUUAGAAAAGUGAUCAAAGGCUCUGACAGAUUUUUAUGUCUCUGUUUCCUCAGGAAUGGUGAACCGGGAGGUCCUGGAACAGGUGGAGCGAGGUUACCGCAUGCCCUGCCCUCAAGGGUGCCCUGAGUCCCUACAUGAGAUGAUGAAGCUCUGCUGGAAGAAGGAGGCGGAUGAAAGACCGACUUUCGAGUACCUGCAGUCCUUCUUGGAGGACUACUUCACCUCCACAGAGCCACAGUACCAACCUGGAGAGAACCUAUAG